CAUGACAAAUAAUCAAAUUCAGUUUUCAAAUAAAAUUAUAGAUUUAAGGAUUAAGGCUGAAAACAUAAUCAAAAGACCUUCAAUUCUUUAAAGUAGAACUCUUUCCAUACUGCGGAUCUAACCAUGGCAGACUGGUCGCUGCUUCACAAAGACUUGUUGGAACGAAUCAAUGGUUGUUUUGAGACAUGUUUUGAGAUUGUUCACUUCCGCUCUGUCUGCAGCUCGUGGCGAUCGGCCAUAUCUCUUCCCAGCUAUAAGCUUGGCUUAGGCGUUAGUUGCCUUCUUCCUGCUUUCAACCAUGACCCUCGGUUUGAAGUCGAUACACAGUGCAUGCUUGAAAAGAUUCCAGUUUUCCUUUUGAGAUUCCAGACUCCCUUUGGUAUUGAUUAUAUGCUGGUAGGCACGAGCGAGAGGAAAUCUGGUAAACAGAAGUUGCUGUCUCCUUUUACAGAUUAUGGAUUGGCAAGUAAAUCUGGGAUUAUUCUAAACACCCUUAGCUGCCAGAUCAUCCCCUUGGGUCACUACUACAAGAUAAGGUUUUACGCUAUAACAACGAGACGUUCUAGAACACGACGUCAGAGUUAUGCUAUACGAGUUGCAUUUCUUCCAUUGGAUAGCAAAGAUGAUAGGGAAUUUGCAAUAGUAGCUGGAGUCUUUGGUGAUUUAAUGAUGUAUAGAAGUUGUGACAAGGUAUGGAUUAAAAUGGAGGGUCGGUUUAAAUCAUAUCGAGAUAUGGUCUUAUUUAAAGGAGAGGUUUAUGUUGUUGAUAUGAGUGGACGGGGACAUGUCUUCGUUAUCGACCCCUCCAAGCUAGUUACUGAGAUCCUCUCAGUCACACAGUCUCAUGAGUCUUUUGACGAGAGAUUGGUUAUCUCAGGAGAAGAGCUCUUGCUUGUGCAGAGAUUCACGCCAGGGGCUUAUGGUCAUGAAUAUAUGCAUACAUGGUUCAAAUUGUUUAGGCUCGAAGAGGAAGGCCAGAACAAGAGAUGGGUUCCGAUUGAUGACUUAGAGGACCGAGUAGUGUUUCUUGGGUAUGAGCAUGACUGGAAUCUCUGCUAUUCGGCAAAUGAGCUGCCGGGUAUGAUAAGAAACUGCGUUAUGUUCAUUGAACCUAGUGGCGUCUUUGAUAGGAUCCGUGUGUUUGACUUAAGAACUCAAAGGACCCGUAAGGCAUCCGAAUGCAGUGGCUGUAUCGAUAUGUAUAGCCAAAAUGUAGAAUCUUCGUUUCUUUGUGGAAUUUUGGCGACGCCAAAUCCAACAAUCAGCAUCUAUGACUUAUCAAGUGAAUCUGAAUAAUUCGCUAACCUUGUUUCCAACAUUUCCUUUGAAAAUUUC